GUGGGCGGGGCUAUACAAGGAUGGGCGAAUGAAAACGUGGCACUUCCCGAAAAGAGGAAGCUAUUUAACAGCAACAAUGCUUAAUUGUUGUGACAAAAACUUUGGCGUUUGGAUGUGACGGCUGGUUUAUGUUAACUUAACUUUAGCCUAAUGCCGCUUUAAACGUGUAAACGUGACGCCCUUUUAACAUGUACAUUUCUGUCCAUAUAUGUCUGCUCGUCGUUGUUUCCGAGAUUGCUGUUGGUGCGACAAAAGUGAGGAAAAAUGUCUUAUUCAUGAUUGCUGACGACCUGAGGACAUCUUUGGGCUGCUAUGGAGACUCAACAGUAAAAUCACCAAACAUUGACCAACUGGCAUCCAAAAGCCAUGUUUUCCUCAAUGCAUAUGCACAGCAAGCUGUGUGUGCUCCUAGUCGCACAUCCAUGUUGACAAGUCGCAGACCCGACACGACCAGGCUGUAUGAUUUUGAGUCCUACUGGAGAGUUCAUUCUGGAAACUACACCACACUUCCACAGUACUUUAAAUCAACGGGCUACAGCACCAUGUCUGUGGGCAAAGUCUUUCACCCUGGAAUCGCCUCGAAUCAUACUGAUGACUUCCCUUACAGUUGGUCCGUCCCUGCAUACCACCCUGCCUCAUUCAGAUUUGAAAAAGAGAAGAUAUGUAAAGGAGAGGAUGGUCGCUUCCAUGCCAACCUGCUGUGUGCAGUGAAUGUAACGGAGCAGCCUGGAGGAACGCUGCCUGACAUGGAGAGUGUCGAUGAGGCGGUGAGGCUACUGAAGACUCGGACUGAGGAUGGUGCUCCGUUCUUCCUGGCUGUGGGCUUUCACAAACCUCACAUUCCUUUCAGGAUACCACAGGAGUACCUGCGUCUCUAUCCUAUAGAACAAAUGACUCUGGCCCCUGACCCAGAUGUUCCCAAACGCCUUCCACCUGUGGCCUACAACCCCUGGACAGACAUUAGGAAGCGAGAUGAUGUUCAAAAGCUCAACAUCAGCUUCCCCUAUGGACCAAUUCCCAAAGACUUCCAACUUCGUGUCCGCCAGCACUACUACGCUGCUGUGUCCUACAUGGACGCCCAGCUUGGACGUCUGCUCAGUGCACUUGAUACCUUGGGGCUGGCUCAGACCACAAUUGUGGUUUUCACGUCUGAUCACGGUUGGUCACUAGGCGAGCACGGUGAAUGGGCUAAAUACUCAAACUUUGAUGUGGCAACACGCGUACCUCUUCUCGUCUAUGUUCCUGAGGAUCCUGCCCCCCACAAGGGAUCUUCCUUUCCCUUUCUUGAUGUCUUUAGCCAAUCAGAACCCACCUUCGAAAACUAUGAAGUAGUCAGCAAUAUGGUGGAGCUGGUUGCAGUUUUUCCAACCGUCUCCCACUUGGCUGGUCUGAAAACCCCUCCGCCAUGUCCUGAUGUUUCUCUCAAGACAGAGCUGUGUACGGAUGGACAGAGCCUGGCGCUCGUCUUCCAUCGUAAAGAGAAAAGAAAGAACCGGGAGACUUUGGCUUUCAGCCAGUACCCGCGUCCUGGUGACACACCACAGGAGGACUCUGACCUUCCUUACCUCAAGGACAUAAAAAUAAUGGGCUACUCCUUGCGCUCUUGGGACUACAGAUUCACUCUAUGGUUGGGCUUUGACCCCAAAACUUAUCAGGUCAACGUGUCAGACGUCCAUGCAGGAGAGCUGUACAUGCUAGAAGAUGACCCCUCCCAGGACAACAACGUCUACGAGGACUCCGACCACGGUGCGAUGAUGAGGAAGAUGACAAACCUGUCUACUACUGUGAGCGUACAGACGAGGAUGGAGCUGCAGCUCCUCCACCUCACAGCAGGAAUGAAGAGGAGCAGGGGGAAGGCGUGGCGAUGACGGAAGGAACGGUAACAGAUGGCCCAAGAGGGUGUAUGCGUGCAUUACAACCUCCAUAAGGGAGACCUUUUUUCUGCAAUAUUUGGGAGGCUGCAACGUACAAGGUCAUCUUUUAACGGCAGCAACUCCUUUCAUGGACUGAAUUAAAAUUUGAGGUAACCUUCCAUCUGAAGGCUUAUUGCUAAUAAGAAGGUUUGAGUUUCUCUAGGUGCUCCAUUUCAAACUUCUCAAACAAGAUUGCGAGGGUUAUGGAACAAAAAAGUCAAGCGGUAGACCCCCUAAAAUGUCACCGGACAAUCCAAUUGGCUUUCUACCAAGACAAAAGGACCAAAUGAAGGUUGUUAUUGGCGCUGAGUGCAGUCCAAUAACCAUCAGAUGGCAUCUGGAAGACAAGUUUUAAGAAGUAAACAUCUUCAAAGGCCUGGUUUCCCUUCAAAGUCACAAUAUUUCACGAGGAAUUUGCAUGAGAGCACCAAACAUGGGACAUUGCAGGGUGGAGGAAAGUUUUAUACAAAGAGGUCCCACCUGAAAGGUUUUAGGGGGCACCAUCAUGAUCUGGGGUGCUUUUUCCUUCCAUGGAACGGUGGAGUUGAUUACGUUUGUAUUUACACAACGUUUGGGCUUGUCAAAGCAUCAUCCUGAAUGUCAAAGUAUUAGCAGUAAACUUGAGGCAUUUAAAGCAACACUCCUUCAACAGAAACAUGGCAGACAAAUGGCCGUUGGUCUGACGCUACCAUUUAUUGCAUGCAAUAUUUUUCAUAUCAGGCAUUUGAGACAAACCCUCAAAACAUCAAGGAAAAAAAAGAACAACAACUGAUGGAAAUCUGACACUUGAAAUCACAUACUGUCUUUUCCUUAAAGCCAAAGCACAGUGUCAUCAUAAACGCUAGUAAAAAGCUCAUGGAAACAUUUGAUUUUACCAAAAACAAUCUCAUAUUUGUACCAAUAUGGUAUGGAAAAUCACUUAGAUUCAUUCUUUGUUCUUAAAUAAAUAGAGCAGUUCCCACUGGACACGAAUAGAGGCACUUGAGUUUUUUUCUCUUUUUUUUUGUCAAAGUGAAAUUUUUCCUUGCACAUCCGCAUUGUCUUCCAUACACAUUCAGCAGUGGUCACAUGACAGAGAACCCAAACACUCAUUCUGGAUCAGUUGGAUUUACACAGACCAUGACAGAAAAAUAAACAAAACAACACAGCAGGAGG